AUGAAGCUGUUGGUCCUGUUCACUUCUCUGGUUGCCAGUGCCUAUUCCUGUGGGAAGCCGGCCGUGCCCCCGACUGUGAGUCGUGUGGUGGGCGGGCAGGAGGCCACACCUAACAGCUGGCCCUGGCAGAUCAGUCUCCAGCACCAGAUGGGUGAUGUCUGGUUCUCUUCCUGUGGAGGCACUCUCAUCUCACGUGACUGGGUUCUUACUGCUGCCCACUGCAUCAAUCGGAGCUACAGAUACAGGGUCCUGCUGGGUAAACACCGUCUCAGUGUGGAGGAGGAGGGAUCAAUGACUGUUCCAGUGGCCAAGAUCAUCGUCCAUCCCGAAUACAACGACCACCUCACCCGUAAUGACAUCGCCCUGCUCUGGCUGGACCACACUAUUGAGCUGUCUGAUACGGUGCAGCCCGCAUGUCUGCCCCCCUCCGGCCUCAUCUUGCCCCACCAGGCUUCCUGCUACGUCACUGGCUGGGGACGCCUGUCCACCAAUGGCGACGGCUCAGACACGCUGCAGCAGGCGCUGCUUCCUGUGGUGGAAUAUGACAUCUGCAAGCAUCCCGACUGGUGGAGCUUCCUGCUCACCGACAAGAUGGUGUGUGCAGGCGGAGAUGGAACCGUCGGCUCCUGCAUGGGAGAUUCCGGCGGCCCCCUGAACUGCCAGAACUCCGAUGGAAUCUGGGAAGUGCACGGAAUCGUGAGCUUUGGCGCUCCUUCCUGUAACCAGGUCCAGAGACCCUCCGUGUUUACUAGGGUCAGCGCAUAUGUGUCCUGGAUCAACAAUAUUAUGAGCCAGUACCCUUAAGAGGAAUACUCCACCCAGUGCCCUCCACCACCAUCUGGCAGUCUUUGUUACUCCACCCAGUGCCCUCCACCACCAUCUGGCGGUCUGUGUUACUUUGAUGAUGUCAGCAGUAAAGUGCCAAUAAAGUGCUUGCGUUCUGAA